AUGCCUCGAGGAGGUGUUGGGCGAGGGGGCAACUCCGCCGCCGCUCGUCGAACCAUUGACUUGACAGGAUGCAUCUCAGCUGCCGAAAGAAACGAUCUUGCGACACUGAUCAACGCCAUCACGGAGCGCAUGCACAAUGACAUUAGCACCAUCUUUGACUCGCCUCCAGUCUCUCCCGUGAUGGCUGACGAUUGUCACCACUGGCUGAAGCUGCCACUGCUUCACCGUCGAGGCAAAGAGAAUAAUCCCCCAUCUUCAAACACUUACCAGGAUGCGGGGAGAACAUCGAACUCGUAUAACCGGGCUCAUCAGACCAUCGAGAAAGAGGAAAAGGAAUCCAUGACACCGCAUCUGAGAGAGUUGAAGAAGGAGGCCUUGACGUUCUUUCGCAAGUGGCAGUCAUCCAUCUUGCAGCGAGUACGAGACAUCAGCGUCACUGUCCAAGAUCAGUCGCCUGCUCAAGGCGCCUUGCGAGGACGGGGACGAGGAGCCCCUAUCGUUCGCGGUGCCGUGAGGGGUGGUCGCGGCGCACGCGGCGGUAGAGCAAGCCGCGGUGCUCUGACAUUGGCCACAGGCCCUCCACGUCUUCCAUCAAAGCACACCGAUGUGCCUUUUGCCAACCGUUUCCCGCCGAUCCCCAACACGCUUUGGACUCUCCCACAAGAAAGACGCAAGCUACUGCUGCACAUCGCGUUUUUGACCGUCAUAUCGUUGACCGAGUACUCGGCGAAUGCACAUCUGCUGCUCUUGAACUUGACUUCAUGCCUGAAUCUCCCUGUCAAGAUGUUCCUAGCCGAGGAAGUGAGGCUGGCACAGGCUUUUGCUAGUGCUGCGCUCGACGUAUCGCCUGAAUCUUUACUGAGCCAGAAGCCGGAAGAGAUCAGAGGCUCCCGCAAAUGGAAGGGGCCCGGGCCAGGGGCCAGCCUGGCACCUGCACUCAUUCAAGCAGGGAUUGGAACUGCUGCUGGAAGCUUUGGCCUGACAACCUGCGCCGCUACCGGGCUACUGGGGCCCAUGGCGGCAAGUGAGAGGCCGUUGUGCAACAUGUUCAGCAUGAAUCCAGCCAGGCCCAUAAGCAAAAUGAUGGAUAUUUUCAGCAGAGAUAUUCAAGACUUCGCGUUGCUACCGAUGCACGGCAAAGUUCGUUCUGAAUAUAUAGACGCACGUGAACCUCCAGCGAUCGAUCGUCGAUUUCGGCUCGUCAUUGCCUUGGGCGGUUGGCUGACCGAAGACGAGGACGUACAUGAUCCUUGGAAGUGCCUCGGACAACAAGCCGAGGCCUUUGUUCUCCAAUGGGAGACAACGGCUCUGCUGAACCUGGGAGGCUCGCUUGAAACUGUCAUCAAGAGUAAAGCUUGGAGAGAUGCUAAAGAGGCCAUCAGCACAAAAACCAUCUUCACUAGCAUCAUUGAAUCAUCCUGGCCGAGUCAGCUGCUGAAGAUCAGCAAGAUCAUCGACAACCCAUGGAGUGUGGGCAUGGUCCGCGCAGAAAAGGCUGGCCAAACACUGGCGGAUGCCAUUUCACGUCACAAGUUCCAAGGCGAGCGGUCUGUGUCGCUGGUAGGAUACGGUCUCGCUGCCCGCGCCAUCUAUACUUGUCUCAUGUCCCUCGCUGAACGGAGGCUCUUUGGGCUGAUCGACUCCGUUGUCAUAAUAGGCGCACCGGUGCCAUCGGAGCCCCGUGUUUGGUUGACGUUGAAAAGCGUCGUGUCGGGGCGCUUGGUCAAUGUGUACUCGGAGCACGAUUACCUUCUCGGUUUCCUGAACCGAUUUUCCAACACGCAUUUCGGCAUUGCCGGUCUGCAGGAGAUACAGGGUGCCGAUGGCGUCGAGAAUCUCGAUGUUGGAGAGCUCGCCUAUGGCCAUAUGGGAUAUGCCUCGGCCACAGGUCGCAUCUUGAAAGAGAUCGGUUGGGAUGACCUGGACAGUGAUAUCGUCAGGAACGAGAAACCAUUUCGGGUCGCGCCAGCCGCCGGAAGGAGAUGA